GGUGAGUAAGACAUAUAAAGGGCAAUAAUCCCGAUUUAUUUUUCAUUCCUUCUUUUUCACUUUCAUUUUUUUUAAAAAAAAAAUGUACAGUUAUCCACGAUAUCAAACGCACAGACCUCAGCCUUAUGGUUAUGGCUCUGAAGAAGAGUAUUACUACCCAUCAAGAGAUAUUGAUUAUCACCAUCAGUAUAACUAUAUAGACAGUCCACCCAUCAGGAAGCGCAAAAAUCAUCGCCGUAGUCGAAGUUUCUCUAAAAUGGAUGAGGAGCGCUACCAUUAUAUGAAUGAAAACGCAUACUAUCAGGGGCCACAUCGAUUGGACGGAGUAAGAUCCGUGUCACCACCGUUCACAGGAAGGCAUUAUGACUAUAAUAGUAUAAACCGAAAUAUGUAUAAUGAAGAAGCUAAUAAUAGUCGGCGAGCACAACCUCCUUGUUUUGUAAACUUGAAUGGACCCAUGAUAAAUCCCAUGACAGCCAAUUAUUGUAUGCCGCAAAGUCUGGGCACUACUUGUCCCACUACCACCACAAAUACGUUUAUUCCUCAAAAUAAUAACGAUUUCUUUUACAUGCCACAAAAUGUACCCAUGAUACAACCCUAUUUUAUGAACCAACCUAAUAAUAGCAAUCAUUUCCUAUCAUCAUACUAUCAUCAUCAACCAGUCUUCCCAACAUUUAUGCCAAUGCCAGCAUUACAUCCAGAUAUUAUCCUUCCACAAACAUUACCUUCAGAAGAAGUGGUAAUUUCAUCGCCCGAUAAAGAAGUUCCACCUGUAAUUGAGACAGAGGUAACUAAAGAAACGACGGAGGCUGUUCCAGACCAGCAGCAGCAAGUUCCACCAGCACUACCAGCACCGGCACCACCACUUGUGAUGCUGCGUCGAAAAAGAUCCAUAAUGGAGGAGAUCCUUUCGUCCUUUGCCCUUUUAGGCGAUGGCAUAGAUUAUGCAAUACCACAAACAGUUAGCAAGCCUCAAAAGAACGAUAGUCAGCCUGUUGAUGAUACCAAGGAAAAGGCAGUAACACGAGACCAACCCUUAUACACUUCCUUAAGCGAAGCCCUAGAUUAUGGCGAGAAGAAGCCGUCUAGCCUUUCAAGAAAGACGUCAUUGAAAUUAUACAAAAAGGCCAGUGCGCUACAGAACAGACAGUACAUUUGGUGUUACCGCCCAUUCGUAGAACCCAAACAGACCACAGACGAAAGCGAAGAAUCAUCUAAUGCGCUGUGGGCUGCAUUUGAUAUGACGAAUCAAGCGAAAUUAGAUUAUCAUUACUCGUUUAUCAUGACCCACAACCAGAAACAUCAUAAUGGUGAUGAUGCCACCGGCACUAAGCCUAAUAUAGCAACCGUAGAAAAUAAUUUGCCUGACAUGAUAACCGAUGAUCCUUCGCUAAUUCUAAUGCUCCAUCGGCAAUCAACUAUACCAAAUCCGGUGAUGAUCUCUUUUGGGGACGGUAAGGCCUGGUAUUAUACGAUGGGAGGAGAAAACGAACCUGAGUGUCAUAUGCUUGAAAUCACUUGCUUACCUACGCAUGAUCGUCGACUUGUCGUCUCUAAUGAUCUCCUACAAGAGGAGCAAUCUAAACCACUUCGUCGUUCAAAAUCCAUGGAUGGAUUAGCUACCAAGUUUUUAAACACUGUCUUUGGUUGGUAGCUUUCAACUCUUUACCUGAAUAAAGUUAUUUUUUUUGCAUAAUUA